AUGGGACAAUCAGAAACCGUACGCCCGGCAUUCACAGGUCGUGAACGCCCACUACUCUCCUAUGGCAUCGAUUUCCCUGCCGCCGCAGCCCGCCAUGUCUCCGAGACAUUCAAGGCCUCACGAGUUUAUGUGAUUUGUUCGGGAUCAUUGUCGCGUAACACCGAUUCGCUUGACCGGCUCAGGAAUGCAUUGGGCUCGGAAAAUGUCGUGGGGUAUCGAAUUGGAAUGAAGUCCCACACACUGUGGUCCGAAGUGCUUGAAAUUGUUGAAGAUGCACGAAACGUGCAAGCUGAUCUACUCAUGACACUUGGAGCUGGCAGCUUGACUGAUGGUGCAAAGAUUGUUGCAUUCGCUUUGGCGAACCAGGUACAUACUGCUGAGGAGUUAGAAACAUUGGCAGAAGGCCCCAAUAAACGCGCCCAGAUAUUUACGCCCACAAUUCCUAUUAUCUCGAUCCCGACCUCUCUCUCGGCUGGGGAGUACUCAAACUUUGCUGGUGGCACGGAUGAUCGCUCCCGCCGGAAAUUUAGCUUUCAAGCGCCUCUGCGUUGCCCACAACUCAUCAUUCUUGAUCCCACACUGGCACAGACAACACCUGAAUCGAUUUGGCUCAGUACAGGUGUGCGUGCUAUUGAUCAUUGCGUCGAGACGCUUUGCGCGAUCAUCGGCGUGACGCCCGAAUCGGAUGAGCUGGCUAGGUAUGCACUAGGCCAGCUGGUCCCGGGUCUCUUGCAGUGCAAACUAAACCGUGCCAAUCAUGAAGCCUACCUUCAAUGUCAGCUUGGCUCGGUCGACGCAAUGGCUGCUUGUACAAGUGGGUCAGUAGAGCUGGGGGCUAGUCAUGGUAUUGGUCACCAGCUCGGCCCAUUAGGCGUUGGGCACGGCGAGACUAGCUGUAUUCUUCUACCUGCUGUGUGCAAAUUCAAUGCCAGACACAACGCGAAUCGAGAGCGUCAGGCGGCCGUGCGCGAGUUUUUGAUUCGUGAUCCUGUUGUUCUGGCGGUGCUUCAAAGUCGCUCCGUGAAUGUGAAAAUUGCAGAUCUUGGUGAUAUCCUGGAUGCUAUCAUUCGUGAACUUGGAAUGCCCAGAUCUCUAGCCGAUGUGCGGGUUGGUCGCGAGAAGCUCGACGGACUCGCGGCACACAGCUUACAUGAUCGGUGGUGUCAAUCGAACCCAAUGCCUCUCAAGGAAAAGUCACAGGUGCUGGAAAUCCUCGAGAUGAUUGUCUAA